AUGGAAGCCGGAAACCACACAGAAGUAUCAGAAUUCCUCCUCCUGGGUCUCUCAGAUGAUCCUGAACUGCAGCCUCUCCUUUUUGGAGUGUUACUGUCUAUGUACCUGGUCACCGUGCUUGGGAACCUUCUCAUCAUCCUGGUCAUCAUCUCUGACUCCCACCUUCACACCCCCAUGUACUUCUUCCUGUCCAACCUGUCCUUUGUUGACAUCUGUUUCACCUCCACCACUGUCCCAAAGAUGCUGGUGAACAUCCAGACACAGAGCAAAACCAUCUCCUACAUUGGAUGCCUCAUUCAGCUAUAUUUUUUUAUGAUUUUUGCUGGAAUGGAUGGUUUCCUUCUGACUGUGAUGGCCUAUGACCGAUUUGUAGCCAUCUGUCACCCCCUGCACUACACGGUCAUCAUGAACCCACGCCUGUGUGGCCUUCUGGUUCUGUUGUCUUGGUCUAUCAUAUUCUGGGUCUCUUUGCUUCAUAUUCUACUGAUGAGGCAGCUGACUUUUUGUGUAGGCACUGAAAUUCCACACUUCUUCUGUGAAAUUACUCAGAUUCUCAAAGUGGCUUGCUCUGACACCCUCAUCAAUAACAUCUUCUUAUAUGUGACCACUGCCCUACUUGGUGUGUUUCCUCUCGCUGGAAUCCUCUUCUCUUACUCUCAGAUUGUCUCCUCCUUAAUGAGAAUGUCCUCUGCAGGGAGAAAACGUAAAGCAUUUGCCACCUGUGGGUCUCAUCUCUCUGUGGUCUCCUUGUACUAUGGGACUAGCCUGGGGGUCUAUCUCAGUUCUGCUGUGACCCAUUCUUCCCUAAGAAACUCAGUUGCCUCAGUGAUGUACACAGUGGUCACCCCCAUGUUGAACCCCUUCAUUUAUAGCUUGAGGAACAAGGAUGUGAAGGGGGCCUUGGGAAAGCUCCUUAGCCAAGGAGCCCCUUGUCUGUGA